CUUCCGCUCCAACUGAGCAUGCGCAAAUCGAUGUCCUGUUUAAUCAAAAUGGCAGCUAGAUGCAUGAUGUGGACUUUCCGAAUUUUUGUCUAUAUCUCAGUGUUGAAAUUAUCGUUUUGUUUUAGAAAUUUUCAAGUGGACGAAUUGUUAAAAGGACACUAUGAUUUCAAGGAUGCAAUGCGCCAGCAAUUAGGGGGUAAAUUUUCUAUAGGAAUAAAUGAUCCGAAAUCGUACACUGGAGAAUACCCUGUAAGGGGAACAGAAGUGAGACCAUUCUACAUGGACAUUUAUCCCGUCACUAUGGCACAGUUUUGGAAGUUUAAAAUACAAAAGAAGAAAUAUAUAACAACAGCUGAGAAGAAAGGUUAUAGUUUUGUAUUGGCAAACCUUGUAAGUGAUCACGUGAAAACCACGUGGAGUGCCGAAUCAGCUGACCCAUGGUGGCUAGCAGUGAAAGGUGCGCAAUGGGAUAGGCCGGAGGGUCCGGGGUCACAUGUACGUGAUCGUCUUGACUACCCGGUUGUGCACGUGAGUUACAGAGAUGCUAAAGCUUAUUGUAUGUGGGUGGGGAAACGUCUGCCAACGGAAGAGGAGUGGGAAUUUGCUGCUAGAGGUGGACUUAGAGGUGUGCAGUACCCAUGGGGUGACAGGUACAAAAAGUUUAGGAUGAACGUCUGGCAUGGUAAAUUUCCAGACGAGGACAAAGGUCACGACGGCUGGAAGUCACUUUCUCCAGUUGACGCUUUUCCGGCGCAGAAUAAUCAAAGCAUGUUUGACAUGUUAGGUAACGCCUGGGAAUGGACAAGCACCCGUUACUAUGAGAGAGUGGUAGACCGGAAGUUGCAGGAUCUUAAGUAUGUUCUCAAAGGAGGCUCGUACAUGGACACCAGGGAUGGCGCGUACAACUACGUGGUCCGUACCUCUAAUAGAAUGGGUCAAGAGCCAACCUACACUGCACAUAACGUUGGUUUCCGGUGUGCAGCAAGCGCCCCGGGUAUUAUCGAGGACCUUAAGAAGAAAGAUCCUAGGUACGGCAACAAAGACCAGGCGGCAAAAUCUAAACGUGGGCCCAGAAUACACCGGAAGAGCGAUAUGUAUAAUCCAAGUAAAACAAACAACCUUUUAAAGAAAGAGGAACUGUGAGGAAUUAUGAUUCCAGGAGAUUUAGUUUUUCAUCUAAAAUAUAAAUACAGUAUACUUAUCAGAAAAGAACAACAAACAAACAAACGAAAAACAAACUAAAAAAAAAAACACUGCGGAACGAAACAAAAAAAAAUACACCAGAGUCACGUAUAUAAUUUUCUCAUUUAUCUAAUAAUUAAUUUUGAUAAUGCUAUAUUACCAUUACUGCCAUUGUAGUCGUUCUGACACUGUAUCAGUCUGUCUGAUGAAAAAAGACGAUCUUUACUCUAACAUAUCCUCUCGUGCGUGCGGGGAAACAGGCAGAUGGCACUACCGAUCCAACUUACAUUUGUAAAUCAACAUGGCGUUGACAAUCACCCAUACUGAUAUAUGCAUGUGAUGUUAUUUGAUAAUUAUUUUGAUGUAAUUUGUGUUGUAGCUUUAGAUCUUUUUCUUAUUUUCAGGACUCAAUACAUGCAAUGUACUUCAUAAAAUGUAUAUGGAUGGAU